UGCUGCACGAUAACGCACACACACACACACACACACACACUCACACAGACACUCGCUCCAGCCUGCCUGCGUUAGUCUCCGGAAGGAUGCAGCCCAGCCCGAAAACACUCCAGCGGCUCCCGGCGGGACACACCUGAGCGCGGUCAGGUCAUUCAGAAAGGAGGCAGCCAGCAGGACAGAGGGACGGGGCGGCGAGGCGGAGCUGCGGGGCUCCGCUGUGCGCUGCUCGGCUCUCACAGCUGACCUGAUGGGGGGGAAGGCGAGGAUGGGCCGGGAGAAGACGGACGGGGUCCCCGUUAGCGAGUUUUACUUUCCGGCUUGAAUUCGGAGCGCGGAGCGGCUGGAGAGGAUGUGUGGAGCGUUAGCUAGCUCUUUUUCUAGCUUUUUCUAAUUUUCUCUUUUUUCUCUUUUUAGCUUUUCAGUGGAGAUGAGCUCCAUGACAGGGCGACUAUCUGCAGGAGAAAGAAGUACAUAAUGGUAGAUUAUUGAGCUUUGGACCGACCCCCCCUCUCCCCUCAGCGCCUCGGCCAUGCUGCAGGCUUUAGCAUCCGAGCUGUUCCCGACCUGAGGGGCUCUGAAGCCGGAUACCGCUCGGGGGAACAGUCGCUGACUGUGCCGCUGGCCGUCCUUGCUGGCUUGACCUGACAGGGCGAGAGGCUCUGAAGGCUCGUUUUUGACAGUUUUUUGAGGGGUUUGUUUGAAAAAAAAAAGCCUUAAAGCACCUAUCAACCUUUUUUAAUUAUCCGAACAUGUUUUUGGAAGAUGAUAAGACUGAAAUAGCUGGCAAAGUUUGUGAAAAAAAAUGGGAAAAGAUGAGAACAGAGAGUCCUGGAGCCUUAGAGAAGCCUGUUUAUUUAUGUUUAUCUUCUAAAAGGAACUAAACACCACAGUUUCACUAGACUAUUCGGAUGUUUGUAUGAUUUUAUGAAUGUUAGACUUGUUUUCUAUUUUUUUUCUCCUGGAAAUGUGUAGCUGAGACCUCUGCUCUGAAGAUGGACUGACCUAUCUUGCUGGAACAUCUCACAUCUCAUCAUGUCAAUGAGAAUAAACUUGCUUUUUUGGAGAUGUUUGUUGAUGUUUGUAGCUUAAUAUUAGCUAACUUACACUAAGUCUGUGGAGCUCCCAUCUAUCUAGUUAUCAGAGCUGUAAGUUUUAGGAGUUUUUCUAGUUUUUGGAGUUUUGAGACUUUGUGGUGUCCAACCAUGGGAGGGAAGCAGGCGAAGAGCCCGGGCCAUGAAGCAGAAGGCAGCCCCCUCUCUCCUCCAUGGAGGAAAACCUCGAAGGGGGAGAGACCCGACCUGCUGGCCUCCUUAACCCUCAGGCCGGGCGACAAGCUGGGCCGAGCCGGGACCCCCCCACCUCCCUACCAGCGCCGGAUAGGCAUGAUCCAGGAAAUGCUGCUCCUGGCCAAGCAAGGCAAACAGGACGAGGCUACGGAGAUGCUGAAGACCCUGCGGCAGGAUCUGGGAAUGGAGUCUACGUCUCUGGAUGAUGUUCUCUAUCGCUACGCCAGCUUCCGGAACCUGGUGGACCCCAUUACACAUGACCUGAUUAUCAGUUUGGCCAGAUACGUGCACUGCCCCAAGACGGAGGGUGACUACCUGGGGGCCAUGGAGAAGGUAUGCCGGCAACUAACCUACCACCUGAGCCCACACUCUCAGUGGAAGCGACAGGGUCUGCUGAAGCGGAAGCCACAGGCCUGUUUGAAAGCUGUCCUUUCCAUCCCACCUGCCAGUGGAGCAUUGGACCUAUCGGGCAUUCCUCUGGGGGUCAAGGAUAUGGAGCGACUGUGUUCACACCUGCAGCAGCAUGCGUCUCGCAUCUCCAGCCUGGAGCUGGGCUUCACCGAGCUGACAGAUGAGGCCUUCCUGCUGCUUCUUCCCACGCUGGCCGCACUGCCUCACCUAGAGACCUUGGCCCUUAAUGGCAACCGUCUGACGCGUUCCGUGCUCAAAGAGCUGACAGACACGCUAAAAGAUCCGGAGAGUUUCCCCAGCGUCACCUGGAUUGACCUGGGCAACAAUGUGGACAUCUUCUCCCUGCCCCAGCCGUUCCUGGUGAGUUUACGCAAGCGCUGCCCCAAGCAAGGCAACCUGCCCACUAUCCUGGAGUUCGGAGAGAGCCAGGCCAGCGAGCCAGAUGUGCGGACAGAUGGGGAAGGGGACGACGAUGACAUAGACGACACGAACAGAACGGUGAGCAUGGGAGAGCUUAGGUCUGAAGUGGAGGGCGACCUAGACGGAGAUAUGGAGAUAGAAGAGAUGAUGGAGGAGCUGCGCGACUUUGACCGGGAGGUGCACGGAAAAGACGAGAUGGAAGAGGACAGCAUGUGGACCAUGGACGAGUCGAGGCCUGCCGCAGGGCCCUCUCAAGGUCGCGGCAAAGCGAAAAGGGCGGUCAAGGCCGAAGGAGAGGAUUCACACAGCCAGAGCUCGCAGCUGUCGUGCUCCAGUCAAUCACAGAACUCUUCGGCAGCCUUGGAGCCUCUGAGGAAGGACUCUUCGGUGGAUCAGGUGGCGUGUUCUACAGGCAACCUGACCUGAGUGCACUUGAUUUCCUUAGAAAUCACAGCCUUUAAAUCUGUCUUGUUCAAAAGGAGAAGUAAAGAGCAGACAGACAAGACCCAGCGCGACUUUUACUUACUGGACUGUUUACAGAUCAGCGCUUCUAUACAAGCCAGUGUGUCCAAGUAGUGAGGAAACAGAUUCCAAGGGUUUGGGAGUCCUUGCUUAAAUAGAGACGCUGAAGAGACACUGUUAAAAGAAUGAUAUAUUGUGAAUAUAAUGCAUAAAAUGACAAUGUAUACCAAGAUAUAGGAGGUAGAGAAAAUGAUAUUAUAUACAGCAUACAAUCCUGUGCAGUUAAAAUGCUUCUCUUUCAGGUAUUGCCCCGGAGUCGUACUGUCCAAGCAAUGGACCUUUACAGGGCUGUCACUAUAGACUAUUUACAUUACAUCUCAGAGCAUUACUUCAAUACUUUGGCCAUUAAUUAAGUAACUUGACUAAGCAGUAAAAAAAAUCCAUGCAUAGCCUUUUUUCAAAGUAUCCAGAAUGCUCCAUUGGAACUGAGAAGCCCUUAAAAAAGACUUACAGAAUGGCAUACAAAGCAUGGGUUUUGAGUUAUAUUUACAUGCAAAUGCAUACAAAUGAGUUUACAAAUACGCAUUAUCAUCCUGCACAUUCCCAAGAUAAUCACUGCUGAUUCAUCGAGAAACUAAAUUUGAAUCAAUGAAUCGUGACAGCCCUACACCUUUACCUAUGUGCCUGUUUGACCCUGCUGGAGAGGAGCCUGUGCCAGCAUGCAUGUUUGGAGGUGUAAAUAAGAACUCGCUCACUUUUAACACUCUUUCCAUCUAUGCAUCACACACUCCUCCCCAGCAGCACUAAGCCUGUCCAGCUUCUGUUGAAUAUGCAUGUCCCCAGAGUCAGAACUGGAGUGCACUUGAACUCGAGUGCCCCUGAUGAAGGGGAAACCAAAAAUUUCACACAGAUGCCCCGCCCCCAAAAAAGAUCAGUGCAUUAUGAAGGAAUAGCGCCAAAGAUGGAGGAGGAGGAGCAAGAGGAGGAGAGAGUGUAACUCUAAACAUUGUUCAUUUAAACAAAAAGAUAUUACAGUUAUUGCAGUAUUCUGAAUGGUGGCAGUUAAAUCUUUCCAAGCUUUGCUCUUCUUUUUAUAUACACAGUCUAUUCUGUCAUAUUAUUUGCUGUACAAUUGCUAUUUAUUUGUUAUAUAUUUUCAUAUAAUCAUCCAAUCAUUGUGGUCUAUCUACUGUAUUUAGUCAUGAAGUACUGGCACAAUUAUGUAGCACCAAGACUUUUGUUCAACUCAAGCUUUCACUAAAAUGCACUGGUGCUUCCAGUGUUCAUAAGCUAAAGAAAACAGAAUUCAUGUAUUUUUACAGAAUCUGAAUCCUUAUAGCUAAUUUCCCUUUAACAUUUUAUGAUCUAGUUUAUAUUACCCCUCAAAAUGUUAAAUGCAAAUCUUUCCUACUGUGCUCUCCUGCUGUGAAUAAGCCAUUUUCAGGUCUUUCCCUGUCAUUCUGGAGGUCAAAUCUGCUCCCUUACAGAAUGUAUGUAAUAAAUAUUGUAUGAUUUUGCAGGGAUAUAAAUCACACUGCGUGUUUGUGUGUUUUAUUCUAACCUUAUCUGGUGAUCACAGUACAUUGCCAUUGAGAGACA